AUGGCGAUGGCAUUUGCAGGCAAACGCUUGAGCAAGGAGCUCUUGAAGAUGAAUGAACACCUUCCACCCGGUAUCACACUCGUCAAAUCCGAUACCCUAGAAGAAUGGCAGAUGGACAUUAAGGUCCUGGACGACAACCCACUCUACAAGGACCAGACAUACCGAUUGAAGUUCACAUUUUCAGAUAAAUACCCCAUUGAACCUCCAGAGGUCCAGUUCAUAGAACUACCCACCACCUCCGAUACUCCUCGUCCUAUUCCCAUCCACCCGCAUAUCUAUAGCAACGGUAUCAUUUGCCUUGAUCUCCUCGGUCGUUCAGGCUGGUCUCCCGUGCAAACCGUUGAAAGCGUCUGCAUGAGUUUGCAGAGCAUGUUGACAGCCAACACGAAGGACGAACGACCACCCGGUAAUAAUGAUUUCGUUGCUUAUAACCGGCGGCGGAUUCGGGACAUCAACUUCGUUUACGAGGAUGAUAACGUAUAG